AUAUUUCCGCUCAGUUUUAGCGGGUUUAUUAGCUUGCUCACAAUAGUGAAUGCGACAUUAAAUAUGUAUUUGAUUUCAAUUUAAUAUACUUUAUUCGUUUCUGGGUGUAAAUGUGAUCUACUAAACCGUGUUUUAUGGCAGUACUGAGUACGUUGUUACUGGCACGGAAGUGUUUUUUUUUUUUUAAUGUAAAAUGGCCAGUGUGAAGUAGCGAGAUGUUUACAAUAAUUGCAAGCAUCAAUGCAUUUUUUUUAAUGACGCUGAGGUUACUGCAGUUCAUCGCCUAGUCUGAGCAUGUUGAGCGCUACCUGCCGCGUGUAUCAUCACCAUCACAGGAAAAUAAUGAAUUCAGUUACAGCAGACCUGGCACUUUGUAUGACGCGUGUAUUGCCAGGGGAGUCUAACACAGGAAUUCUGAACAGGAAACAUGGCCAUGAAGGAUAACCUCAAAGCUGUCUUGAACGUGGGUCUGCGGGUGCCCAGCAUCAUGCUCUUGGAUGUUCUCUACCGAUGGGACGUGAGCUCCUUCUUCCAACAGAUCCAGAAAAGCACCCUCAGCAACAACCCCCUCUUCCAAUACAAAUACCUGGCACUCAACAUGCACUAUGUGGGUUAUAUAUUAAGCAUAGUUCUCCUGACGUUGCCUCGGCAACAGCUGGUCCAGCUCUACCUGUAUGUUCUCACUGCAUUGCUCCUGUUUGCCGGCCAUCAGAUAUCUAGAGAUUAUGUGCGGAACGAACUGGAAUCUGAAUACGAUGGUCCAAUAUACCUAGAGCCUCUUACAAUGAAUCGCUUCACAACUGCACUUAUUGGUCAGCUGGUGGUGUGCACUCUCUGCUCUUGCGUCAUGCGCACCAAACAGAUCUGGCUCUUUUCCGCCCAUCUGCUGCCCCUGGUGGCGCGCCUCUGUCUGGUGCCCCUGGAAACCAUUGUCUUCAUCAACCGCUUUGCCAUGAUCUUCACUGGCCUUGAGGUGCUCUACUUCCUGGCCUCCAACCUGUUGGUCCCUUUCAACCUGGCUAAGACUGCAUACAGAGAGCUGGCGCAAGUGGUGGAGGUGUACGGUCUCCUGGCUCUGGGCAUGUCCCUGUGGAAUCAGCUGGUGGUGCCGGUCCUGUUCAUGGUCUUCUGGCUGGUUCUGUUCGCUCUGCAGAUCUACUCCUACUUCAGCAUCAGGGACCACCCCACCUCCAGAGAGAGGCUACUCUUCUUUUUUCUCACAAGCAUUGCAGAGUGCUGCAGCACCCCCUACUCUCUGCUGGGUUUGGUUUUCACUGUCUCCUUCGUGGCUCUGGGCGUCCUCACCCUCUGCAAGUUUUAUCUGCAGGGAUACCGUGCCUUCAUGAACGACAACACAAUGAACAGGGGGAUGACGGAGGGGAUCACAUUGCUGAUCCUGGCUGUUCAGACAGGGCUGAUUGAGCUGCAGGUGAUUCACCGAGCAUUCCUGCUCAGCAUCAUUCUCUUCAUCGUAGUGGCCUCCAUCCUGCAGUCCAUGCUGGAGAUUGCUGACCCCAUCGUUCUCGCACUCGGAGCCUCUCGAGACAAGAGCCUGUGGAAGCACUUCCGUGCAGUGAGCCUCUGUCUCUUCCUCCUGGUGUUCCCAACCUACAUGGCCUACAUGAUCUGCCAGUUCUUCCACAUGGACUUUUGGCUUCUCAUCAUCAUCUCAAGCAGUAUUCUCACCUCCCUGCAGGUGCUGGGCACGCUCUUAAUCUACGUGCUGUUCAUGGUGGAGGAGUUCCGCAAAGAGCCAGUGGAGAACAUGGACGAUGUCAUCUACUACGUCAACGGCACCUACCGGCUGCUGGAGUUCCUGGUGGCCCUUUGCGUGGUGGUCUACGGUGUCUCAGAGACCAUCUUUGGGGAGUGGACUGUCAUGGGGUCCACCAUCAUCUUCAUCCACUCCUACUACAAUGUGUGGUUGCGAGCUCACCUGGGCUGGCAGAACUUCCUGCUGCGCCGCGACGCCGUCAACAAGAUCAAAUGUCUGCCGAUGGCCACCGAAGAGCAGCUCGAGAAACACAACGAUAUCUGUGCCAUCUGUUACCAGGAUAUGAAGUUGGCGGUAAUCACCCCUUGCAGUCAUUUCUUCCACGCUGGCUGCCUCAAGAAAUGGCUGUAUGUCCAAGAGACCUGCCCCCUUUGUCACAGCCAACUAAAAAGCCAAUCGCAGCAAGCCACGGCAGCUGCACCUCCUCAGGGGGCGGUGCAACCCCCAGCACAGGAAGCCCCCCAGAACCAGGAGAGGGAUGUGCAGGAGAACCCUCCACCGGAAGAGCAGGGAAGCCAGGGGACACCCCUACACGAGGGGUCUGGCUCCAGCAGCAGAGUCUCACCAGGGGAGGGGCAAUCUGGGACUUCAAGCAGCACUGUGCUGCAAUCUCCAGAUGCCCAGGGCCAGCCCAAACUGGAAUGCCAAGGCAACAGUCUAGAGGGACUAACAGCCAACCAAGCCAGUAGACAGGAGGCUUACAGUUCUUCAUCUCCACACUGCUCUGCUGGGUCGAAUGAUUCAGAAAGCAUGAAUACACAUUCCAGUGUAGGGGUUUUAAAGGAGCAUCAGGGAGACUCCGAGGUACCCAGUCAUCACAUUGCUGGAUGUUUACAGGAUUCUCCAGAGAUACCGGAAGAGGAGGUUGAGAGGCUUGCAGAAUCUACUCAGAAGUUGUGAGAAUGCUUUCAAAUGAAAAUGCUUGUUUUAAAAAGUGGGCGUCAGCAGCCAUUAAAGCAGGGGUGUUAAACUAAGUUCCUGGAGGGCCGCAGUGUCUUCUGACUUUUCUGACCAUCAAUAAAAGACGUUGAAAAAUAUAAAAUGUGUUAAAUUCAACAAAUAAUAUUUAAUUGAGAGCUUAAGUUGGAAUGAAAACCAGAAGACCCUGCGGCCCUCGAGGACUGUAGUGUGACACCCCUGCAUUAGAGUAAAGGAAAUUCAACAGGAAAGACAGAAUGUAAACCUUGAUGCCUCCAUGUUUGCUAGAUCUGAACACCAUGACUGUUUAAAAGCAAGGUCGAGGUCAACAUUUGGUAGGUGCAAAUUUAACGUGAACAGCACAGACUGAAGAAUGUGUUUUACUAGAAGCUUUAAGCAUGCUUAGGCUAGCACGCUGCCACUGUCUUGUUUAAGCUGUAUUUUUUUAUAAAAUAUUAUGCCACUGCAUUUGCACUGAUGUAAUAGCAAUUCUCUAAAGUUGUCUUUUUGGUACAUAUGAAGAAAAUACAUAGCCUCUCUCUCUCUUUCUCUCUCUCUCUCUCUAAAUUACACACAAGUAAAUAAAUAAAUGUAACUUUUUGAUAUACAGUAUUGUGCAGUACCGGCUAAAGUGAAGUGGACUGAAGCAUACGUGAACACUUUUGUGACCCCUUGAGGAUAAAAGUGGGAUGAGCUUUUGACCAUGGAUAAGGGCUUGGUGCAGCAAAAAAAAAAAAAGUGUUAUUUCGCAUUAAUUUGCAUUUGUGAGAAUGAAUACAUUGUGUAUGAUUAAACUCGGCAAAUGCCAUUUUUGUAGAAUUUAGAAAGCUUUUGCUCUCUUUCUUAUGAAGGGAAAGGCAGCUUGUGAAGUGUAUACAUGUUUACAUUCAUCAUGAACUAGAUUUGUUUAGACAUUUUUUUAAUGAAGACUUGCUUUUUUUAACUUGACAUUUGUUGAGGCAAUUAAUACUGUCAGUUGUAUUUGUGAUCAUGGAAGAGAGCUGACUUAAAGUCCCAUUUUAUUUUACAAAACUGAAUGUCUAAAUAAAUUAAAAUCAUGAA